AUGCACUGGUGGAGGAGUUGGGUGGAACCUGCAGCCAAACAUGAGAGACACCGGCGGGUUUUAUGCUGCCGGAGCGCAACGUCGUCGAGGAUAUGGGCUGAGAAACGGUAUCUCAAGUCCUCCCGUUUCCACUCCACAAGCACAACCGUCCAAUGGGCAAUGACAGCGGAAGCUCGCGCGAAACCCCACAGCUUGGUGCACAGCUUGCAUGGAUCCUUGCUUGUGGCCAGCCCCUUACAACGUUCCCCGCAAGUUACCAGAUGGUCAGCACGGCCAGACCCGUGUCCCGCUAGCGAGGUGACUCUUUGGCGUGUCUGGUCUAGCGCCACGGUAAAAGCCAAAUGGAUUACGGGGUUGUAUAUGGGGUCAUUCGCCACUAACCCCACACGCUGGACUCUGAUUGAUUUAAGACCUCCCCCCCCCUUUGUGUCAGACGCGGAGUGUCGGUUUCUCUUCCCCCCUUUACUCGUGGACUCUGCUGCCGUUUCUGCUCGCUGUGGACACCGGCAUGGCAACCAAGCAGCCGAGCAGAGGACCUGCGGCAUACCCCCGUCGCAGGGCCGUGAGAGCAUGCCAGGUCUGUCGGGCUCGUCGGACGAAAUGCGACAACAAGAAGCCGGCGUGCUCGUUUUGCGAAAAAAUAGGCGCCAAGUGCGUGGUCAACGACCCCACCGACAUGUCAGUAAACAAAGCGAGGACUCAGGGCCGGCCCUUCGAAACAGCAAUGCACUGGACACAAUUAGGCACGCCUCAGCUGCGGGAGACAGCGGGUGGACUACCUUCAACAGCAGCCCUGUGUACCAGACGCACGGUUCUGACUUGAGUCGACUGACUAUCGAGACGAUCCUCUCCUGGAGCGUGUUUGAAGGGAAAUACGACGCUGGCCCAAGUCUCACAGACCUGCUGUCCUCGCCAACAACCCUGUCGCAGGAGCCUUUCCUCGCCAGCAUUGACCCCCGGCACGAACGCCUCGACCUGGACCUGAGGACCUGCACCCGGUUGCUCCACACCUUUCUCGAGGAGGUGCAUAUUGCCAACCCCAUCCUGGACGGUCCCUUAGUUACCGGUUACCUGUACCAGGCAUGUAUCCAUGGAAUCGGCUGGGAUGCACCCUCGUGCCUCGUGCUGCUCAUAUGUGCCUUGGGCGCAAUCUCCGAAAGCUUUCAUGAGCACCACGAAGCCAGCUCGAUGACUGCGCGACAGUCGCCGACCUUUCACCUCGGCCAGCGAUACUUCGAGGCCGCGCAAAUGCGACUCGGAGCGGUGCUCCGGACGCACGGGGUGCUGGAGGCGCAAUGUUUCUUCUAUUCUGGUGUGUACCUGAUGGCCAUAUUUCAGCCACUCCGUGCCUGGCGGUGUUUCGUGCAGGCCGCCGCCAUGGCAGAGACCCUGCUCUUCUCGUACGGGGGGAACAGCCCGCAUGCAGCUGGCGCUCGCCUCAAGAGCGAGACUCGCUGCCUGGAGACGACCCAUUGGGCCUGCCUCAAGUCCGAACUCGAGCUCCGGCUUGAGCUCGGCCUCAACCAGCCCGACCCGCUCGGGUUCACAUAUCCAACAUUCUUCCCCACCGUGCCCAUGCAGCAACUCAAUCGUGACGAGUCCCGCGUGUGGUAUUUCUACCUCGCCGAAACCGCCGUGCGCCGGCUCACCAUGCGGAUCAUGCACAUAAAAUGCGCGAGGUCUCGCUGGAUUUUGAAAUCCAGGCCUCGGAUUGGUAAGGAAACCCCUCCUCUUCUGGCUAUCAUCUCAGCCCUCCUCUUUACUUACCACUGCCGAAGAACGACUUCCCUUCCACCCGUCCUCACCCUCUCCACCCCGGAAAUGGACGACGACGUGCUCAAGUUCGUCUUGCGCGGCCACCUCCUCGACUGCUACGAGUGGAUCUACUUCCCCUACCUGCUCGAAGCGAUUGCACACGCAGCCCCGCGCAACCCGGCCACCGAUGAGUUUGUCGUCCGCGGCCUCGCCAUGGCCGCCGAGCGCAUCCACAAGAACCGCAAGGGCUUCCGCCACCGUCACCACGGCGUCUGGCUCAUGCUGCGCUCGUGUACGCGGAGUGCGCUCCUGCUGGUUGCGGCGAGUCGGGCGGCGGGGGGUGUGCGCGAUAUGCUGCCUGUGGGUUGGAAGGCGGCGGUUCGGGGCGCGGUGGAGAUGUUGGCGUACUGGAGGGAUGAGGCCGGGGAUGCGAGGGAGAGGCUGAGGGUUCUUGAGGAGGUGGUCGCGGGAUGGGGGGAGUAA